ACUCGUGUUGCCGCUGGGAAGUGGUGGAUUCCCGAGUGUUCGAUACGGCCUUCCCCAUCGAGGCAAGAAGCCGUCGAAAUUCCUCGGGUUCGGGAGCAACGUCAUCGAAGUGCGAGCAGUGGAUUCGGUUGUUUACUGCACUUCACGAUGGCCCCCGCGAAGAAACCGGCGGUCGGAGCUACAGCUAAGAAGCCCACUGUUCCAGAGACCCUCCUGAAGCAGCGUAAAAAUAAUGCUGAACUUCGACAACAGCGCAUCCUCGCUGUCGCGGCGAAAAAGAAGGCUGACCGCGCUCGGCGCGUGCUCGCUUUCCAACGCGCAGAGAAGUAUGUUCGGGAGUACCGCCAGAAGGAGAAGGCGGAAAAGAACAACCGUCUCGUCGCUAAACUCGAGGGAAACUUCUUCGUUCCCGAUGAGCCCAAGGUCGCCCUCGUCAUGAGGAUCCGUGGUAUCAACGGUGUGUCGCCGAAACCCAAGAAGGUCAUGCAGCUGUUCCGUCUGCGACAGAUCAACAACGCCAUGUUCGUGCGUCUCAACAAAGCUACCAUCAACAUGCUGCGUAUCGCGGAGCCUUACCUCGCGUGGGGUUACCCCAAUCUGAGAACGGUUCGCGAUCUCAUCUACAAGCGAGGAUUCGCCCGCAUCAACGGACGCCGUGUUCCUCUCGUCGACAACUCGAUCAUCGAGGAGAAGCUCGGCAAAUAUGGACUGGUUUGCAUGGAGGAUCUUGUGCACGAGAUCUACACGGUCGGUCCCAACUUCAAGCAGGCCGUCAAUUUCCUCUGGCACUUCAAGCUGAACAGCCCUAAGGGAGGCUGGCGCAAGAAGACCACCCACUUCGUGGAAGGAGGCGAUUACGGAAACCGGGAGGCUUUCAUCAAUCGACUCGUUAGGAAGAUGAUCUAAACCGCACAACUUGGAAUCUUCCACAACGACAUCGGGGAAGAGUUUUCGAGGAAUAAAGUUAUGAUCAUCCAUAUCC